AACAGAAAAGACUUUAUACCUUAUUUUCUAGGACUAGUUUCAGUUUUCUAUUGCACGGUUCAUCUUGUGUCUUUCACUGCAGCAGCAGCUCAGGAGGACUCCCGUUCCAACAGAGUGCGCCGGGCGCUAGAGAAUGAGACAGAGUGUAUUACAACGCAGUCGUCUGAGUUUCCAGAGGGGUUCUUCACACUACAGGAGAGGAAGGAUGGAGGACUCCUCAUACACUUUAUGAUCAUAUUUUACAUGCUGCUGGCAGUUGCAUUAGUCUGUGACGACUACUUCCUACCUUCUCUAGAACUUAUCAGUGACCGUCUGGGUCUAUCUCAGGACGUAGCAGGAGCCACCUUUAUGGCAGCAGGCAGCUCUGCUCCUGAAAUGGUCACUGCCUUUCUGGGUGUGUUUGUGACAAAGGGAGACAUCGGUGUGAGCACCAUCGUAGGAUCAGCUGUCUACAACCUCCUGGGGAUCUGUGCUGCUUGUGGACUCCUGACCAAAGUGGUGGGUCGUCUGACCUGUUGGCCUCUGUUCCGGGACUGUCUAGCUUACGCCAUCUCUAUCUCUGCUGUUAUAGCCAUCAUUUCAGACAACAAAGUCUACUGGUAUGAUGCAGCCUGUCUGUUGCUGGUCUAUGGGGUGUACAUCGUAGUGUUGUGUUUUGACCUGAGGAUCAGUGAGUGUGUUCUGAGGAGGUUCAGCCCCUGCUGUACUUGCCUGGGGAAAGGUUCCGGGGAUCACAGCGAGACACAGCCAUUGGUCGACACCACUCUGAGGGUCCACAGACGUUCUAGAAGCGACAGCGGAAUCUUCCAGGAUGAUUCAGGAUACUCACACAUUUCCCUCAGUCUGCACGGCCUGAAUGAGAUACCAGAGGACCACAAGAGUGUGUUCUCAAUGCCAGAGAAUGACCUGAAGCGAAUCCUGUGGGUGCUGUCCCUCCCGGCCAUCGUGAUUCUCUACCUGACGAUUCCAGACUGCAGGAGACAGUUCUGGAAAAAAUGGUUCAUGUUCACCUUCUUUAUGUCCGCUGUCUGGAUCUCAGCCUUCACAUAUGUACUGGUCUGGAUGGUCACUAUUGUAGGAGAGACUCUGGGUAUCCCAGACACAGUGAUGGGCCUGACUCUGUUAGCUGCAGGGACCAGUAUACCAGACACAGUGGCUAGUGUCAUGGUCGCCAGAGAAGGUAAAGCCGACAUGGCCAUGUCCAACAUCGUGGGUUCUAAUGUGUUUGACAUGCUGUGUCUGGGUCUUCCCUGGUUCAUUAAGACAGUGUUUGUGGACACGGUCAACCCUGUGGAGGUCAACAGCACCGGUCUGGUUUUCAUCUCUGCCACCCUCCUCCUCUCCAUCGUCUUUCUCUUCGUGGCAGUCCAUAUAAACGGCUGGAAGCUGGACUGGAAGCUGGGGAUCGUCUCUCUGUUCUGCUAUGUUGUUUUUGCCACUCUGGCCAUCCUCUACGAACUGGGCAUCAUAGGGAACAACCCUGUCAGACUGUGCGGCGACUGA